GGAGCCGGCCGCGCCGGGCACCUCCCACCCCGCCCUCGGCGCCCCCGCCCCUCCAGGAAGGGGAGGAGGCGAGGGGAGCCCGCCGCGGAGGCCGAGCGAGCCCCCCGCCCAGCCCGGCGACUGGGGACCCCGGCACAUGAGGUGGACGCCCCCCGGGAGCGCUUGGGUGCAGAGCCGGGCGCGAAGGUCUUGAGGCAGAGCACUGGCUUUGGGGACCCUGCACCACUGUCAUGGAGACCGAGAGUGAGCAGAACUCCAACUCCACUAAUGGGAGCUCCAGCUCUGGGGGCAGCUCUCGGCCCCAGAUAGCUCAGAUGUCACUCUAUGAACGCCAAGCAGUGCAGGCUCUGCAGGCACUGCAGCGUCAGCCCAACGCAGCUCAGUAUUUCCACCAGUUCAUGCUCCAGCAGCAGCUCAGCAAUGCUCAGCUGCAUAGCCUGGCUGCGGUCCAGCAGGCCACGAUUGCUGCCAGUCGGCAGGCCAGCUCCCCAAACACCAGCAGUGCACAGCAGCAGACUACCACCACCCAGGCCUCAAUCAAUCUGGCCACCACGUCGGCCGCCCAGCUCAUCAGCCGAUCCCAGAGUGUGAGCUCUCCCAGUGCUACCACUUUGACCCAAUCUGUGCUACUGGGGAACACCACCUCCCCGCCUCUCAACCAAUCCCAGGCCCAGAUGUAUCUACGGCCACAGCUGGGAAACCUAUUGCAGGUAAACCGGACCCUGGGCCGGAAUGUGCCUCUAGCCUCCCAACUCAUCCUGAUGCCUAACGGGGCGGUGGCUGCGGUCCAGCAGGAGGUGCCAUCUGCUCAGUCUCCGGGAGUUCAUACAGAUGCAGAUCAGGUGCAGAAUUUGGCAGUGAGGAACCAACAGGCCUCAGCCCAAGGACCCCAAAUGCAGGGCUCUACUCAGAAGGCCAUUCCUCCUGGAGCCUCCCCUGUCUCUAGCCUCUCCCAGGCCUCUAGCCAGGCCCUCGCUGUGGCUCAGGCUUCCUCUGGGGCCUCGGGCCAGUCUCUCAACCUCAGUCAAGCUGGUGCGGGCAGUGGGAGUAGCAUCCCAGGGUCCAUGGGGCCAGGCGGAGGUGGCCAGGCACCUGGGGGCUUGGGUCAGUUGCCUUCCUCAGGAAUGGGUGGGGGUGGGAGCUGUCCUAGGAAGGGCACAGGAGUGGUGCAGCCCUUGCCUGCAGCCCAAACAGUGACUGUGAGUCAGGGAAGCCAGACAGAAGCAGAAAGUGCAGCGGCCAAGAAGGCAGAAGCAGAUGGGGCUGGUCAGCAGAACGUGGGCAUGAACCUGACACGGACAGCUACGCCUGCUCCCAGCCAGACCCUUAUUAGCUCAGCCACCUACACACAGAUCCAGCCCCAUUCCCUGAUUCAGCAACAGCAGCAGAUCCACCUCCAGCAGAAACAGGUGGUAAUCCAGCAGCAGAUCGCCAUCCACCACCAGCAGCAGUUCCAGCACCGGCAGUCCCAGCUCCUCCACACAGCCACACACCUCCAGCUGGCCCAGCAGCAGCAGCAACAGCAGCAGCAGCCGCCGCCGCCGCCUCCGCCCCCGCCGCCAGCCACCACCCUCACUGCCCCUCAGCCACCGCAGGUCCCACCCACUCAGCAGGUCCCGCCUUCCCAGUCCCAGCAGCAAGCCCAGACCCUGGUCGUUCAACCCAUGCUUCAGUCUUCACCCUUGUCCCUCCCACCCGACCCAACCCCCAAGCCACCCAUCCCCAUCCAGUCCAAACCACCUGUGGCACCUAUCAAGCCUCCUCAGUUAGGAGCUGCUAAGAUGUCAGCUACCCAGCAACCACCACCCCACAUCCCUGUGCAAGUUGUGGGCACCCGACAGCCGGGGACGGCGCAGGCACAGGCUUUGGGGUUGGCACAGCUGGCGGCUGCCGUACCUACUUCCCGGGGGAUGCCCAGUACAGUGCAGCCCGGUCAGGCCCACUUGGCCUCCUCACCACCUUCAUCCCAGGCUCCCGGGGCGCUGCAAGAGUGCCCUCCCCCUUUGGCGUCGGGGAUGAGCCUGGCUCCCGUGCAGGGGACGGCCCAUGUGGUAAAGGGUGGGGCUACGACCUCCUCACCUGUCGUGGCCCAGGUACCUGCUGCCUUCUACAUGCAGUCUGUGCACCUGCCGAGCAAACCCCAGACACUGGCUGUCAAACGCAAGGCAGAGUCUGAGGAGGAGAGAGACGAUGUCUCGACAUUGGGUUCAAUGCUUCCAGCCAAGGCAUCUCCAGUAGCUGAGAGCCCAAAGGCCGUGGAGGAGAAGAGCAGUCUUGGAGAGAAAGCUGAACCAGUGACUGGUGUGAAUGCUAACACUCCAAGCAGUGAACUAGUAGCCUUGGCUCCUGCCCCAUCCGCACCCCCUCCUACACUAGCCAUGGUGUCCAGACAAAUGGGUGACUCAAAACCCCCACAGGCCAUCGUGAAGCCCCAGAUUCUCACCCACAUCAUUGAAGGCUUCGUUAUCCAGGAAGGAGCAGAGCCUUUCCCGGUGGGUUGUUCUCAAUUACUGAAAGAGUCUGAGAAGCCACUACAGACUGGCCUCCCGACGGGGCUGAAUGAGAAUCAGUCAGGGGGACCCUUGGGAGGGGACAGCCCAUCUGCUGAGCUAGACAAGAAGGCGAAUCUCCUCAAGUGUGAGUACUGCGGGAAGUACGCUCCUGCCGAGCAGUUUCGCGGCUCCAAGAGGUUCUGCUCAAUGACCUGCGCUAAGAGGUAUAACGUGAGCUGUAGUCACCAGUUCCGGCUGAAGAGGAAAAAAAUGAAAGAGUUCCAAGAAGCCAACUAUGCUCGCGUUCGUCGGCGUGGACCCCGCCGCAGCUCCUCUGACAUCGCCCGUGCCAAGAUCCAGGGCAAGCGCCACCGGGGUCAAGAGGACUCUAGCCGGGGUUCAGAUAAUUCCAGUUAUGAUGAAGCACUCUCUCCAACAUCUCCUGGGCCUUUAUCUGUGAGAACUGGGCAUGGAGAACGUGACCUGGGGAACCCCAAUACAGCGCCACCAACACCGGAAUUACAUGGCAUCAACCCCGUGUUCCUGUCCAGCAAUCCCAGCCGCUGGAGCGUAGAAGAGGUCUAUGAGUUUAUCGCUUCUCUACAAGGCUGCCAAGAGAUUGCAGAGGAGUUUCGUUCCCAGGAGAUUGAUGGACAGGCCCUCUUAUUACUUAAAGAGGAACAUCUUAUGAGUGCCAUGAACAUCAAGUUGGGCCCUGCCCUGAAGAUCUGCGCCAAGAUAAACGUGCUCAAGGAGACCUAAGGUGGCCCUCUUGCACAAACGAGCCUAAGGCAGACACUCUCCACCAUCCAGGUUAUAACCUGGUACCAGCAGACUUUACAGGGAAGAAAGAGCUGUUCCAAUUACGUAAAUCUUCUGUAGAGGGGAUUACUGAGACAGGGAAGAAAAGUGCAAGAAUUGGUUGCUGGUGCUACAUUGCGGCAGCUGUGACAUUUUCUCUGGUUCUACCUUAUUUUUUAAAAUCAUUACAGUUCUCACUUUUCUCACCUACCCUAAUCCAGUCUUCAUAAAAGAGGCAGUCUAGAGAACUAGGACUGCUCAGCCUUAUCCUGGAGUGGAGUAUCUAGCCAGGGUCUCAGUUCUCCAAGAGGAAUAGACAGUACGGUAAGGUGAGGAAGUGGGUGGGAUGUAGGUGUGCCUCCACAAUGGGAGAGGUAGGGUUUUUCUAGCUUGUGUGACACAAGCAGUGACAUCUGGUACUCACUCGCUUCCUUCCAGAUUGCCCAACUGUGGCUGUGGCCCAGAGUUUUCUUUGUUGUCACUCCCUUAGUAUUGAACGUUUUCUCCUGCAUCCAUGGCAGGGCCACCUGCCGGUGCAGAGACUUGGUUGGCGUCAUUCUGAUAUGCGGCAGGGGCCAAAAGGUGUGUGGUACACACGUGGCUGUCAUUCUUUCUGCACCCCUUGCUCCCUUCAGUUUCCCUGUUGUGUCUCCUACCCUGCCUUUUUUUCAAUUCCAACUCUGCUCUGUCCUAUAGCUUUAUUAAAACGGCAGUGUGUGGGGCUGAGGUCAGGAGUAUAAGUUUACCUGCCUUAGGCGCUAUUCCUUAUACAACAAAAAUAUUAAAUAUUUUUUUCCUCCUCAGUAAAAGGAUAAAAAUUGGUCUCAGUUGUCUCUUACUCCAUUCCAGUGUCUCUACCCUCUUCUUUCAUACAAAAGACUAGCGCAACUUGUUUGUUUGUUUUUUUAAUCUUUUAAGUGUUUUUAUACAAAAAAUGUAUUUUUCCUUUUUUUUUUUGCAUUUUUAAAACACCAGUGUGGGGGAGGGAUGCAAACGACUAACAAAAAAGAUUCUUUUAUAACAUUAUUUUCCCUGUUUAGAAAGAAGAAAAAAAAAUCAUUCCAAUAGUAUUUAAAAGUCCAAAGAUGAAAUAAUUUCAUUUUCUUCCCUAAAGGCUAUUAAAAGGCCCUGCCUAUUGAUU